GAGGCAUGGAGACGAAAAGCCUUCACCUACUGAAUUUCUGCCUGCCUUUUCAGUUGCUAUGAAAAAAUACAGGAAAUCUGCCCCCACCCCAAUGACUAUGCUGCAUCGGAAAGAAGAUUCUAAAUAUUAAUUUAGUGUACGGCCAGCCAAGUUUGAGGGUUUUAAUUUGGCGACUGGACACUGGCCUAUUCAUCCAGCAAACCACAAUUACAGAAAGCCUUCAUACACAGAACAGUUUCCUCUGUAUGUUUUCACACCGCUCGGAAUUUCCCUUCCGCCACGUCCCCUAGUUUGGUCCUUUCUGCUUACCGUACCUCCCAAACUCUUACGUUGCAAUCAUAGGCAGAAAAUUUAAACUUGAUUCAGUGACAGACAGCUUCAGGAAAACAAGAUUACGGCCAGGCUUCUUCUGAGGAAACAGAUUUUAUAAGUACCGUGCAACACAAGGGCUCCUGACUUCUUCCUAGCACUGUCUGUGAACCUUUCCAGGUAAAUAAUGGUAUCUACUACUUUCACAGUGGGCAGCUAGAGUGAAUGCUGGAGCCCAGAAGACUCGGAUCAAACCUGUGAGGCGAUGAGUUCAGCCAGGGACUGUCCCUUGGCUGGGGAAUCUUUUUACUUGGACAUCCCCAGGGGCAAGAAUUUGGAAUUUCUGACAGAGAAUGUGAAACGACUUGGUGGAGUUGUAGAGAGUUUUCUAAGUAAAGAAGUGACCUGUGUUGUCUCCAGCAGCCAAGAGGCCAAACAGGAGAAGCGGGCAGAAAAGCCAACUCGUGCUGCGCGGAGGGAAACCCGAACUGAAACUCAGCCUUCGGCAGAUCUUCAAAAAGAUUGUGGAGAUCCUUUGCACAAGACUUUAGACCCAGUAAGCCAGGAGUCCUGGACAUGGCAAAGCAUGUGCCUUACUUCAGCGCAGGCCCUGAUUAGUCGUGGAAAGAAGCUCUUGCACAAAGCCAUUGGCAAUCAGGACAAUAUCGGUGGCAAUAGCAUUCUUGUCAGUGCACGAUCCUGGGGAGUACAGAUUAUACACAUAGAUGAAAUGGUGGCCUACAUACAGCGGUUAUCUAAGAAGCGUCCUUCCAAGGUGAAGUUAGGUGCUUUUGGGUUCCAACCUCCAAAAGUGUUGAGGCUGAAAGCACACUUCCUAAAAAUCGAAGAUGUGAGCAGGCAACUUUGUCCGUUCUUUAAACAAUUCAGGAAUUUUCCUCAGCUGUAUUUCCUGGCUCGGAAAAGACAUAGCCCAUUUGUACCUCCACAAUCAUCUUCUGUCUCAAAAGAACCCAACAGCCGCGGCUCGCUGAGUGGGUCAAGCCCUCCUGCUGCCGGCUGCCUCGUGCCCAAAACACGGAAAGGCUAUUGUGAGUGUUGUAAAGGAACCUUCGCAGAGUUGCAUGCGCACCUUCAAAGCCCACACCAUAUGGCACAUGUGAUGGAGCCUUCCCACUAUGCUCCCAUUGAUAGACUCAUCUCUCAACUGACUAAUGACUUUGUUGCUUUCUCCUCUACUCCACCAUCAAGGAUGUCUCCAGGUAUUUCUAAUGGUGUCCCUUCUGGAUUUCAAACCGAGGCUGUUGAGAGCAUGUCAGCCCGACCUCCAACUUUAAAUGAAGGACUGCAGUGUUGUAGAUCUGCUGAGGGCCCAGUGGGACAUCAUGACAGCCGAGGGGGUUCACCUCACUUGCUUGAGGACCAAGGCAUUGCCCAGCUAGCAGAGCAACAGUUAGAGAUGCUCAGCAUCCCUGUGUCUCCUGUUUUACUGCCUCCUGGGCUAGCUUGUGAAGCCCAUGAAAGGGACCGAAUGUUUGCAGAAACUGCCCCAGAGGCCACAGCUCUAGCUGAGGUCAAACACGAUGCCCUCCCUCAGGAGACAGGGCUCCAGACAGAGCCAGCUGUGCUCUCUCGCAAGCGCAGGCUCUCCUGCAGCCCGUACAGACAGGCAAAAAAGAGGCAAGCACCUGCGUCCGAUGAGAGGCAGAGAGGUGCAGUUUUGCUUCCCGAGGAACAGCAGGUUGAUGCAACAGAAUAUGUUUUUGGUGAGCCAAGUCAAAGCCAGACAGCUCCUAGACACCUCGACCCGUCUGCAGGUCUGCCAUACACCUCCAGCCUUUUUGCGGUUCCCUCACAAUUAUCUCAGGAAGGCCUUCCCAGUCUCUUGUGCAAGCCUGUUGCUAUAGACACUGAAUAUCUCAAAAGCCCAGUGCAGCAGCUAGACCAGGAGGAGGUGUCUGCUCUCCAUCCAAAUAAGGAAUGGGACAUGUGCCAACACUGCAACUUUUCCAGGCCUCAUGUUGGAUUGGGAAGCUCAUCUGGCUUUCCGAUGGACAAGCGCAUGGCUCCCAAGCUCCUGGGCUCUGUAGUCCAUAGUUCUUCACUUCGCGUGCCUGAGGUAACUCCAGCGGUGUUGUCAGAGCCACAGAACCGAGGGCCUGGCUCUUGUCUACUUCUGCCUUCCAACUCACAGACUCAUCUCUGUACUGAAGAGAAGAGUUCUUCCUCCAUUUUGGAAUGGGAUGGCCCACUCCUUUGUGUGCUGGCAGGUGCUUCCCAUCUCCCUUCUGAGGGAGUGGUCGAUGCAGCACUGCUGGGGACCUGCAUCAGCCUGCAAGAUAGCAACUACGAAUCCCAUCUCUGCUCUGUGCUUCAGCAGACACCAGAUCAAAGAUGGGCUUGCAAGGAUGACCUUUCACAUGACCAGAAGAGCCACAUGGAAAUGGAAAGAGCUCCCUUUACUCCUGUGCAGGCAUGCCUGGAAAACUGAACAAGGGAAGCUAAUUUUGAAAUGUUGAGCUGCCUGCCUUCUUGCCACCACCUUUCCCACGCAUGUGACAUUAUAAGACUCCUUAAUUUUUAUUGUGUUGAGUAUGGAAAUAGAUUAUUUUCUUCCAGUUUUCCUCCCAUCCCUCUUCAGGUCUCUUCCUGAGCACUUAUUGGUUGCAGAAUAUGACUCUGCAGGUUUUUAUUUUUAAUGGCACAUUUUCUUCCUCUUCCUUUCAAAUAAAUAAAUACAUCUAGUGUCUCUAAG